AUGGUCCCUGUUUGGUUCCCUGAACUUCAAGCAACAGAAGGCUGCCACUGGAGCAGUCGCUUCUGCGAGCUCAUGCUGCGGGCACCCCUGCUGGUGUGCUUUGCGCGGAGCGUGCAGCGAGAACUCGGCCUGGUGGCGGCAGCGGCGGCGCUGCUUCUGGACUACACCAUCAGCGCGAUUGCGUUGUCGGUGAUCUCCGGAGCCUCCAUAAAGGCCUUUGUGUUGAGUCUGCCCCUCUACCUUGUGGACAUCUGCCGGUAUGUGGAUGAGCCAGGCCUGGUCGUCCCUGCGCGCCGGCUCUCGAACUUCAUUGGCGCCCAGCGUGCCCUGAUGCUGGUCGUGACGGCCGGGCUGAUGUUCUGGUGCCGCAAGAGCUGGGAGGCGGACGACCGGGCGCUCGUGACGUGCAUCGCAGCCACCCUGGGUGUCUCGACCUUCCUCACGGUUCGCCCACGCUACGUUGUUCUGUUUCUCUUGCAAGGCAAGCUGAGUUUUGAAUCGAAGGUCAAUGUGAAGCAGAUCGGCGUGAGGAAGUAG